CUUUCCUAAAAAUGCAGACCAAAAACAAAAAUGGUUUGAAGCAAUUGACAAAGUUGUCAAUUAUUCAUCUGCUCGAAUUUGUAGUGAUCAUUUUCAUAAAAAUGAUUUUAAUUAUGACACCAAAGAAAGGAAACGUUUAUUGUCAACUGCAUUACCUAUAAGUAAGGAGAAUAGAAACAAUUUAACACACAGGGAAACAAAUGAGCAGAUAAAUGAUUAUGAAGACGAAAACAUGAAUACUACUAUUAGAAAGAGGAAAAUUAUUAAUGUGCAAAUGGGGGGGGAUAGCUGUAAUGAAAAUGUGCCACAUAAAACAAUUUAUUUGGAUCUUCCAAGUAAUGCAGUUGCAACUUUUACAAGAAGCAACUUUACAUCUGAUAAGGCGUGGAAUACAUUUGUCAGGUCAACAAUAUAUAAUAGGCAGAAAAAGAAAUGUAUUAUGCAAACAUGCAAACGUUUGAAGAAAAGAGUUUGCAAUUUAAGAAGCUUAUUGAAUUCUUUGGGAAAUAAGCGCUUAUUAGCAAAUAAUAGUAUAGAAGCUAUAAAAGAUGAAAUACAUCCAACUAUGGAGUCAGCAAACUUCACUCAACAGUGAAUUAUCUCAAAGAAAUGUCAACGACUUUCAAGGAUGCAGUGCCUCCGCAUGUAGAAGAAAUUAUUAGAAAAAUG